CUUUAUUUCCCCAGUUCCCAAAUUUGUCUUUAAUGACAAAUUUAGCUAUAAAUUAUGGCUAAAUUAUGGAGUUUCCUUUGUGGAGCAAUGUUUGUAUACCGCAUUCUGAUCUACGAGGAUCAUCAAGCUAUAUAGAAGAAAACUUUAAAGAUUUGAAGAUGGCCUUAAAACGUCAGGUGCCUUUGCUAACGGAUGUAUACACUUUUGUAAAAUUACAUCUUGAUUAUCUGAUUGGAGGAGUAAGAUUACUGAGAUCAAAAGUAACAAAAUUUAUUGCCGACAACCUGCAUAAUCCUGAUAAAAGUCAUACAGAUAUCUUUAAUUGCAACUUAAGUGAGAUACAAAAAGAAACCAAAGAAGAAAAAAAUGGUGCGUUAGACCAGGUAGUUGAGACAGACGCAGUUACUCCUGAUAUUGAUGAAGAUCUGACUAAUUCAAAUGUAAAUUUGUGUGGAAACAAUAUUAAUAUUCCUACGAAUACUAAAAAAAGAGCAGCUGAUAGAUUAGAUUAUAAUUUGAGUAAUAUAACUGACAAAAAAAAUAAAAAAGAUCCACUAGAAAAUUGGAAGGGCAAAGCUAAAAAUAACAAGUUAAAUGACUCUAAUUGGGUAAACACCGGAACGUGUGAUCUUGGUGAUACUUCGUCGGGAUCGGAAACAAAUUAUGAUUUCGUUGACAAUAAUGAUGGAUUUCCUGUUGAUCACACUCUUCCUAGCGGAAUAGAGGUAAAUUAUGAUAACGUACAUAACAAUGAUAAAAAAAAUUAUGAAUCAAAUGAUGAUAAUAAUAUUAAAAAUAACACUUCUGAUAGCGAGAUGCUAAGCGUUGAUAACAUUUCUGUGCUUAAUAUGAAAGUAUCAGAUCUACACGACCACAACUACAGUUUUAAAACAAGCACUCCUAUAGAUCACAAAAAAGAAAAUAUACCGUUGUCAGCUGCUGUUGAUCAAGUUGCUAGAAAAAACAUAAAUUCUGGUAAAUAUUUUAAUGAGUGUUUAGAAAUUAAAUUAUUUAAUAAUUUAGUUAAUUUACCAAAAAAUUCAGAAAAAAAAUCUGAAAAAAAGAAAAAAUUCUUGCUAUACAAUGGUUUUAAAUGUGGCCCUGUACUAUAUAAAGGAUGCAACUGGUUACUUCAAAACACUUGUCCUUUUGACACCGUUGUACACAUGCUUUUUGAAUGUGCUCUUCAGGACAAUAAUUUCUUAGAAUCAAGUAAAAAUUCAAAAAAUUCUGUUUUUAAAUUUUUGAUUGAGUUUAAAAAUUAUGGUGCAACUAAGGAUAUUUAUCAAAAGAGAUUUGACAUUUUAUAUCCUAUCUACAAAAAAACGGAAAAAGUUCAAGGACAAAUUAAAAAUAAAAAUUGUGAUGCUACACCCAUAUCACGAACGUUCUUUUGUCAAGAUAAUAUAAGUGCUUUUUGGACUCGACUUUUUGCAGACGAACCGAGUGUAUUUGAAAAGAAUUAUUGCCCGACUUUAAAUUGUAAAAAUAAUAACAUGAAAAACGUAGUUCUUUUCCCUACAGAUUACAAAACUCUCAGUCAGCGUGGGUUUGGUUCACUACAAAAAACCUUAGAUUUUGAUAGUGUUAUUUAUAAUAUGCACUGUAACUACUGUAAUGGGAAUAGCAGAAUACGCCGACGAAGUCCUAAUUUCAUGAUAUAUAUUGAAUUGGAUAUUAAAACAAGACAACAAAAAGAGGGUCAAGAAUGCAAGUUACGAGAGCUUCCAGUUUAUUUAACGGUACCGGUCACUAAUGAAGAUGGUAGUAGCCAGGAUCUUCGUUAUCGAUUGUGCGCAGUAGCAGGAUAUUCAUCUGCUCAUUACAUCGCUUAUUGCAGAAGAGCCUCUGGACGAUGGGUAUCUUAUAAUGAUCUUAUGAAAAAGGCUGAACCAACAGCUGAUAGCCAUAAAGUGUUACCCCAUGGUGCUCUUUACAUUAAAAAUAUACAAUGAAUUCUUUUCUUUGCAAUCUAUGAUAGUAAUAUACUAUAGACUGAUAAUUCGUAGGAUUUUAUAAAUGUUCUAUUUUUUUUUAUAACAAAUCUAAUAUAUUUUUUAAUUGCAUGCUUCAAAUAAUGAAAAACUACCAUAAAGUAAAAAGUAAUAGCUU